UCUUUCAUGCUCAGACAUUUGCGCAGUUAUUUGAGCAGAGAGUUCGUUGCGUGUAAAAGGUCUUGCGUUCGUAGACGCAAGUGAUUUGGAAUAUUUUUUUAAGAUCUUUGAAUAUUUUGAUUUAGCGCGAGAUAUAUAAUUUGUAUGUGGCGACUUUCUUGUUGAUAUUUACGUGCGUUAACGAAAAUGAUAUGAAACUGUGAAUUCGUUGUAUUAUGUUGCGAGAUGUCGUAACCUCCCAAAGGGAAAAUGACGCCAAUAAUGUAAUUCAUAAUUCACGGGCGCCUGUCAGUGAUGUAUAGUGGAUGACAACCGUCGUUAAAACACUCAUAAACAAAAUGUUAGGUGUUGAGGAGUUUGUACCAUUGUCAUAUUGCCCUAUAGUUAAAUGUUAUGCAGUACUGAAAAGUAUUCAUUUAGAGGGUACUGGACCAAUACCCGAUGUUGUUGUGUGUACAGACACUGGACAAAUCGUUGAAUUUUUAGAAAAACGUGUUGUUGGAAUCUUUGACUCUGAAAAUACCAACGUAGAAUACAUAACGCCUUUUAUAAAAUACACACCUCCUCGUUUGUAUUAUAUAUUGAAAUCAGCUGAUAGUGUCAUCGUAAUUUCAAGAACAGGAAGACUUCAGCUGUACACAACAUUUAAGAAUGUUUAUAAGAUACAAGUGAGUGAUUUUAAGGGUACUGGCACUCCACAGUUGGGGAUAUGGCAGAAAAUUGAAUUAGGAAACAGUGAACCCUCAGUGGUGACAGACUUUUCGGAAGAGACUGUUGAGCAAGAUGCGUCCACAUCCAGUGAAUUUUAUAAUUUAUGUAGCAGCAUGCUUCAGGAAUUGGCCAUAAAAGUCAAAGAAGCACAAGUAAGGCUUAAGGAAAAGCAGCAGUUCAGAACAAAGUUGUAUUACAUUGCAUCGAAUACUAAUUUUGCUGAGGAGUCUGAAACAGAAACAAGUCUGGUGUCUCAGGUGGGACAGAAAUGUGGGUAUGUAGACAGCAAAAACCAUGAACUGGACACUUUGGUAGUUACAAACACUUGGCAUUACGUUCAUAAUGACAAGUGGAUUGUUGGUGCAUGUGUCAACAACACCAGUGAAAGAUGUAUCACUGAUAUUAAUUUGGUUUUCAGUAAUAGUUGGAAGCAACCGGUAACAUAUAGCUCUUUUGUCAUGAAUUUUGAGAUCAGAAAGGUUGAAACCCAACCUGGAAAACUUCUCAAAUUAAGCAAGCCAGUGAAUCCCAUGAAUCAGUGGAAAAGGAUUUCUGAAUUGCCAGCACAUGAACAGGCCUGCAUUGCAGGUGUUUUACCACUGCCGAAGUUUGUUGAACAGAAGAAAUUUGAGAUAUCUGGAACCAUAAAAUAUUCAGUGAAGGAUCUACCAUCAGUAGAUUAUCAAACUACUCUUCCUAAUUACCAGUUGAAUGUCUUAGAUGUUGUUUCUGGUAAUCUGGCUCCCUUUUCUUGCAGUAGUGGGAAGGAUUUGGAUACCCUAGCUGUGAGAUUAGCCAGUGAACAUGUGUCACUUGUCCUCAGUAACUGCUGUGCAGAGGUGAAGAAGACUAUAGUGAAAGAUCUCUCUUUUGAAGAAAAAUCGCACGGUAUUCUGUGGAACAGUGGUAAACAUAAUUCUGAACUUCAUGGAACAAUGUUGUUAGUAAGUGGGACAGUUGGUCAGACUACGUAUCUUCAUGUAUAUGCAAGAGAUGUUUCCCAGGUCAUCUUACUAGUGCACUGUUUGUAUAGUGUGUUAACAGUGCAUACAACAAUUGAGCUGCUGAUACCUAAGGGGACAAUAAAACCUAUGGCUUUGUGGGAAGCACUGUGUUCUGAGAUGGAUUAUCUUAUUAAAAAUAUCUGCAGUUGGGGGAGACAGAAAGAGGAUAGUUCUGAAGGAAACUACAAGAUUAUAAUAGACAGACAAGCUUACACAGAGUUUAUGUCAAAACUAUCUGUCCUGGAACAAUCCACAGAUGCAUGUCAUCAGAAACUUCUGGCAGCAAUGAAAACAUGAAUGUAAAUUAUAUCUCCAUCUUGAGUGCCUGUAUAAACCUAAGAUUCCUAGAGUGUGAUUAUUUCAUUUGAUGAGUGUUGAAGUGGAAAAAUAG